AUGAGCGCCGAAGACCGGGAGAUGCGCGAGUACGUCUGGCCACGGUCCUUCGACGAGAAGGUGGAUUUAGGACGUGUAUCUCUGGACAUGGUUAAGUCAUGGUUGACACAGAAGGUGACAGAGUUGACAGGUUCUGAGGACGAAAUCCUCAUUGAGUACAUCAUGAAUAAUUUGCUCGAGGAACUGGAUCCCAAAACUCUCACGGUACGACUGCGCGGUUUCCUACAGGAGAAUACCUACGACUUUGUUGCCUCGCUAUGGAAUCUAUUGCUCCAAAAAGACUCGGUCCCGCAGGAACUCAAAGAUGCACAAAAGAAAGAACUUGAAACGCAACGAUUGGAGGCCGAAAAAAUCAAACGCGAACUUGCUGCUCUAGAGGCCCGUCCCGGUCUCCGCGGCUGA